GUUUAAGGUUUACAUAAUCAGCAGUAUUAACUCGUCUACUUUGGUAGUCUCUUUAUCUGCUUGCGUAUGAAUUCCUAUUGAAUGCCUAUUGAAUUCUUGUUUACUUAACGUGUCAUUUGAAUAUUUGCAAAUGGCUUACACGGAAGAUAAACACAGAGCGAACGUGCUGGCCGAAUACUUGCACUUGGACAAGACUACCUGCUCGCGGGAGAACACGUUUCGGACAAUAUUGGACCGUUUCAGCAAACUAGACGAUGUACGAAAGGCCAUAGAAGCCACUGGGGUGCGAGAAUGCGGCAUAAUAUUUGGCAUUGAUUACAGCAAAAGCAACGAGACACAGGGUGCGAAGACCUUCCAGGGCCAAUGUCUGCAUGCGGUCAAGGGAAAACACAAUCCUUACAAAGAGGUGAUAUGUAUCCUCGGUGAAUGUAUUGAAGAGUUGGACGAUGACGGGUUCAUACCUGUGUAUGGGUUCGGGGCGAGUGGGUGCGACCUGUUCCCGCUGGAUAAAGAGAAAGAGUGCAAAGGUUUUACGGAGGUGUUGGAUGCCUACGAGAGGGCAACGUCAGACGUAGCUUUAGGAGGAGCCACUAGCAUGGCGCCACUAAUCGACAAAGCGGUGGAUAUUGUUAAAAAUACGAACAAGUAUCACAUUCUUGUAAUUUGCUCCACCGGCCAACUCACGUGCGAAAAGGAAACAGUGGUCGCCAUCGUUGCAGCGUCAUCAUAUCCACUGUCAAUCAUCGUCAUGGGCGUAGGUGACGGGCCAUGGGAGCGCAUGCGCCAUUUUGACGACCAACUUCCGCAACGGAAGUUUGACAAUUUUCAGUUUGUUGAUUUUCAUUGCAUUAAGGAUACGUCUAGAAACCCCCAAGCGGCAGUGGCAUUGGCAGCAUUAAUGGAGAUACCUGACCAGUACCAGUAUAUUCGGGACUUGAAGUUGUUGGAGAAAAUGUCGAAGAAAAGUGAAGGCCGAAACUAAUACAUCCUUGAUGACAUUAUUGACGCUUGGCUCUGCGUGCGAUGAAUGUUUUAUAAAAUGUUGUGAAAUGGCAUAACGGCUGUCGCCUCAUGUAAUGAAGAAUAAAGCAGGACAAUGACUUGAUUGCGGAAUUAAACUUUAUUAUCAUGCUCCGUGAAUCGAACUGCGCAUACAAUUACAGUCUGUUCACGUAAUAUUUUACUUCACGUCUGUUUGUCAUGUAGUCGAUUUAUGUUUAUGUUUUGUAUUUUUGAUUAAUAAAGAUCUAUGCAUACUUUUACUCAUCACUUUUAUAAACGUGCGUUUUAAAAUGCUUCCUUUUCCAGACAUCCACUUACAUUCUUGAUUUGAUAAUAUAUGUUUUUUGUAAGUUUACUGAAUGUGUCAAAAUAAAAAAAAAUUGUUUACAUA